AUGACUUUAGGACAUGGAGUUGGAAAUCGAAUGAUUCAAGAACGGUUCCAACAUUCUGGUGAAACAGUGAGUAGGCAAUUUGGUCUUAUGCUAGAAAAAAUGACUGUCUUGGCAUUAGAUGAGAUUAAACCACUUGAAAAUUAUGAUGAAGUUUCACAUUAUAUACGAUCUAACCCGAAAUACUGGCCAUAUUUUAAGGAUUGCAUUGGAGCCAUAGACGGGACACAUAUUCGUGCAUCACUUCCAGUAAAUGAGCAAAUCCCUUAUAUUGAUAAGUACUACUUGGUUGAUGCUGGCUAUCUAAACAUGAAAGGUUUAUUAGCCCCAUAUAGAGGAGAAAGAUACCAUCUUCCUGAAUUUCAGCGUGGUAGUCAGCCCAGAGGAUCUCGAGAAAUAUUUAAUCAAGCACAUUCCUCGUUACGAAGUGUUAUAGAACGAACUUUUGGUGUGUGGAAGGCAAAAUGGAGAAUCUUACAAAAUAUGCCUAAUUUUGAGUUUGAUAAGCAAGUUGCUAUUGUUAGUGCUUCGAUGGCUCUCCAUAAUUUUAUAAGGAGGGAGGCUAUUGCUAACAUAGAAUUUCAAACAUAUGGAAAAGAUGAUUAUGUACUUGACGAGGAAAUUGGCGAAUCCGAUAUUUAA